UGAAGUUUGCUAUUGUGUGGCUUAUCCUUCUCUGUCUGAAAAUUCCCGCAAAAACCUUUGCCCUCUCUAUUCAGCAGAGCAACAGAUAUCUCUUUAUAACGCAUUGUUAGUCUUACAAAACAUUCUGGUUGUUGUGUCGCAAAGAAAGAGGGUUUCGAGUUCUUGGGCUGAAUGAGCUCCCAAUGCCUUCUUUAGGUACCUUUUCUGAUAUUGCUGCUAUUCAACCUUCCUUGCAAGCUCAUCUUGUUCCAUUGGGGGCUCAGAGUAUUAUCCAUGCUAAAAACCUACCCAAUCCAUGGAAAAAAUCCAGUUUCUCGAAGAAUUUGAAAUUUUACACUGGUCAUCUUCAUGUACGAAGAGGCAAAGUCCUUAUUACCGCAGUGGCCACUCUUGAAACCAAAUAUCCUGCUCAGAAAGAAAACAAGCAAAGCUAUUCCUUGUCUUCUGCCUCUUCAAAACCAUCUGAGGAUCGCAAUGGAAGUUCUGAAGAUGGCGAAGCGUUGGAACAAGUGGAUGACAGAGAAAAGUUGAGAAGGAUGAGGAUUUCCAAGGCAAAUAGAGGGAACACUCCAUGGAACAAAGGCAGGAAGCAUAGUCCGGAGACCCUACAAAAGAUUAGAGAAAGGACAAAGAUUGCAAUGCAAGACCCAAAGAUCAAGAUGAAAUUAGCGAAUCUCGGGCACGCACAAAACAAGGAGACACGGUUGAAAAUUGGGGAGGGAGUGCGGAUGCGAUGGGCAAGGCGGAAGGAGAGGAGAAAAGUGCAGGAGACAUGUCACUUCGAGUGGCAAAACUUGUUAGCGGAAGCUGCUAAAGAAGGAUAUACUGACGAAGAAGAGCUUCAAUGGAACUCUUACAACAUCUUGGAUCAACAGAAUCAACUGGAAUGGCUGGAAAGCGUAGAGCAGAGGAAAGCCGCUAGAGGAGUUAAAAGUAACCGAAGGGCGCCAAAAUCUCCAGAACAAAGAAGGAAAAUCGCAGAAGCAAUAGCUGCUAAAUGGGCUGAUCCAUCUUACCGUGAAAGAGUUUGCUCUGGCUUGGCAAAAUAUCACGGUAUACCUGCUGGUGUAGAGAGGCGUCGAAGAAGACCAAGUGGCGAUGCAGAGCCAAGAAAGAAGAGCCCUACAAAGAAAAGCUCAAGGGAUUCAGAGACUGAAAGGCAAAGCCAAGUUCAAGUAGUGAAAGUACGGAAGCGCAAAACACCUGUGUAUAAAGAUCCUUUGGCAAACUCGAAACUGGAAAUGAUAAAAAGCAUCAGAGCAAAACGAGUGGCGGAAGAAUCUAAGAAGAUGGAUGCUGUGGAACGAGCAAGGCUUUUGAUAUCAGAGGCUGAGAAAGCUGCCAAAGUCCUUGAGAUUGCUGCUAUGAAAAGCCCUGUGGCUCAAGCAUCUUUGCUAGAGAGUAAAAAGCUCAUAGCUGAAGCAACACAGCUGAUUGAGUCGAUAGAGAUGAGGCAGAUGACUUCAGAUGAAGAUGGGACUUACCCGUAUCUUCUCUCGCCUCAGCCUAAUAAUAGUCUUCUGGAGCUAGACAGUGAAUCCAAGACCAAAGAUAGAAACGAUCAAGAACUGCUAGAGGAGGUUAACGGAACACACACAUUCCCAAUCAACGGAGAGAGUCUUCACUUGAACAUGAGAUCUAGCGAUUUGCCGACAUUCAACAUAGAAGGUACCACAAAUCAGCAUGUUUCUGAUAAGCAACCAAAUACGUCCCAGGGAGAUGGAGAAGAUAUCAAACUGGGGAUGAUUCCGCAACCAAACGGAACCAGAGUCCAUCCACCACCAGAAUCUAAUGGAGCUAUCAAACUUAUUGAGAACCAUCCUCCUCUUUUGAAUGGUUCCAAAGUUUACCACGGAACAGAAGAAAAGGCUGCGUCUUUGGAAUCAGGAAGUGUAACUAAGAAGUGGGUUCGUGGAAGGCUCGUCGAAGUCACAGAAGCAGCCUAACUACUUGUAUCAACUGGAUGAGGUAAUGAUGUUGUAGCGAUAUAGCAGAGAAAAAGUCAUAUUGUUCAAUUAGUGAUUCAAAAGUUUUGGCUUAGAUAUUAUUCCUCUCAUGCUUGAGAGAAGCAGUUUCCAGUUUGUGAUUUGCCAAAUUGUAUCUACAAACUCAACUGUAUGUCAAGAGUUUCAGGUUAGUAGCCAUCCUCCAUAGCUUUUCGAUUAUUAAA